AUGACACCCAACAAAGAAGAUGACCUGGGUGGUGGUGAGUCCGUCGGCGAGCGAAGCAAGGCUGUCGCCACCACAGACAAUAACCCGAAGACAACCAAAUCCGACUCGGGCGACCAUUCCGAUGAGGCUGCAUUUCUGCGAAAUAUCACAGCCGACAUCCGAGAUCAAGAUGACCUAGAGCGUGAUAUCACCACGCAAGCCAACGCUGCUUUGGUUGAAGCAGAAGAUAAGAAGGACAAGCAGCGGAUCGAGAAGUUAGAGGUAAAUAAAGAAAAGCUUGAGGUCAAGAGAGGCGAACAGCAAAAGAAGCUGGAGGGGGCUCGUCGUAACCCCUACCAGUCUCGGAAUAUUCAGAAGGAAAUAGAUAAGCUCGAUCUCGAGAUUGAGUGCAUCGUCAACGACAUCUCUGACUGCCAAGCCCGUAUAGAAAAGAGACGGGAGGAGGUUGCUGUGAUCGAAGAUCCGGUCAAGAGCAAGUCUCGAAGACUGCCUGGCGAAUCUAACCGAGAGUUCCUUGUCCGAACUGGAAAGAUCACUCCUUUUGCUAAUAUCGGCGGUGAGCGGCCGGCUGGUCUCGAAGGCGAGCUUGCAGACGUUCUCGUUGAAGCCGAGGAAGAUGCAGCAGCAGAGGAAUUUCGGAGCGACGACGAAGAACCCAAGUCCCACCAAGUGUUGCGAAUGCCCGGGUUUGCGGAGCAACCUGAAACCGCGCCGGGUUCCAUUGAGAGUGAAUUCUCUCUUCGCCCGAGAAAGAAACGCAAGACGGAUCACGAUGAAUCCUCCGACGACUUCGAACCGACAGCUGCAAGUUCACCAGAGGGCCAAUACGCCUCUGACACUAGUGAGGAAGAAGCGACUGGCCGCAAGCGAAAGAAGGGCAAGGCGAAGAAGAAGGCUGCCGACGCCACAGUCACUGUCGACGGAGCGAAGAUAGAUCUGAGUAGCGUCGACGAUGGAAACGAGGCCGUAUAUCAAGCACGUCUUGCUGACUGGGUUAGAAGACGCAGCAGAGCACGCCAGCAUCGAAACGAUAUUGAUGGGGUUCCUUCGGUUGAGGAUGACAGUCAAGAAGAGUGGUUCAAGCCAUCGCCCGACCAUCCAGAUCAUGAAUUUGGCAACAACCUGAAGCUUCCCGGAGACAUCCAUCCGUCGCUGUUCGCAUACCAGAAGACCGGUGUUCACUGGCUUGCAGAGCUCUAUGAGCAGGGCGUGGGCGGCAUUAUCGGAGACGAGAUGGGCUUGGGAAAGACAGUACAAGCAAUUGCCUUCGUCGCGGCAUUGCAUUACAGCAAGAAACUUGACAAGCCCGUCAUCGUCGUCGUCCCUGCGACUGUAAUGCAGCAGUGGGUCAACGAAUUUCACCGCUGGUGGCCUGCCUUACGAGUGUCGAUUUUGCAUUCGUCAGGCAGCGGCAUGGUGAAUGUAAACGAGGAUGAUGACGAUAAAUCCUAUUACGGGGGUGGCAAGAACGGCCCCGCCGCGCACCAUAUCAUCAAGCGCGUUGUUAAGCAUGGCCACGUUUUGGUCACGACUUAUGCCGGCUUGCACUCUUACAAUGACGAGCUUUUGUCUCAUGAAUGGGGAUACGCGAUUCUCGAUGAAGGCCACAAGAUCCGGAACCCGAACGCAGAGGUCACCGUCGCAUGCAAGAAGCUUAACACUCCACAUCGCUUGAUUCUCUCAGGCACGCCAAUCCAGAACAAUUUAGUCGAGCUCUGGUCGCUGUUCGAUUUCAUCUAUCCCAUGAGGUUGGGCACACUCGUGAACUUUAGGCACCAGUUCGAAAUGCCCAUCCGGAUGGGUGGCCAUGCAAACGCGACCAACCUGGCCGUUUUGACCGCCGAGAAAUGCGCAACGACCCUCAAGGAGACUAUCAGCCAAUACCUUCUUCAACGACUCAAGACCGACGUUGCGUCAGAUUUGCCAGAGAAGACAGAGCAAGUGCUGUUCUGCAAGCUGACCCCGGAGCAAAACGAGGAAUACGUCCGGUUCAUUCACUCGGAUGCCGUCUCCCAGAUCAUGGCCAAGAAACGGCAAGCCUUGUACGGUAUCGACAUACUGCGGAAGAUCUGCAACCAUCCAGACCUCGUCAACGUAAGGAAGAAGAGCCAGCCGGGUUACGAUUGGGGAAGCCCCAGAAGAUCCGGUAAGCUGCAGAUGGUGGGCGAGCUCCUUCCGAUGUGGAAGCGAUUUGGUCACAAGACGCUCUUGUUCUCCCAAACCAAAAUCAUGCUUGAUAUCCUUCAAGAGUUUAUUGGAAGAAUGGACGGAAUGACAUACCUUCGAAUGGAUGGCGAAGUAGCUGUGGACAAGAGACAGGCCUUGAUCGAUCGGUUCAAUAAUGACCCGUCAAUUGAUGUUUUCCUUCUCACCACCAGGACAGGCGGUUUGGGUGUUAACCUGACUGGCGCAACCAGGAUCGUCAUCUACGACCCUGACUGGAACCCAUCGACGGACUUGCAGGCCAGAGAGAGAGCUUGGCGGCUGGGUCAGACGAAGCCAGUCGCGAUUUAUCGACUGAUGACAUCGGGCACCAUCGAGGAGAAAAUCUACCACCGGCAGAUCUUCAAGCAGUUCAUGACGAACAAGGUCCUCAAGGACCCAAAGCAGCGGGCCAACUUCGAUUUGUCUGACCUAUACGAUCUCUUCAGCUUUGGUGACAAUAGCCACAGCAUGGCGAGCGCCAAUAGAAGCAAGGUUUUUGAGGGAGCCGAGGUCAAAUACAAGUCGGAGACGAACGACCAGCCAGGAAAGCCCUCCAAGAAUGCGGUACCCAUAUCUUCUAUCAAGGCCGAAGACGAAGUCGAGAGAGUUCGCAAGCUCGCCGGCGUCGCUGCGGUGGAGGAGUUCACGGAGGAUAAAACCCCUGAAGACGAGAAACGCAUUACGGAGAGUCUCUUUUCCCGGACCGUCGAGAGUGCCUACGAACACGACCAAAUCAUGAAUGGCAAGAAACGGGUGCAGGCAGAUCCGGCGAUGAACCAGAGAGAGGCGCGCAGGUUUGCUGCCCAAGCAGAAGCUGCUCUGCGACAGGCAGGCGAGGUGGCACGUCGCACGCCAAUCGGCACCGUUACCUGGACCGGCGAGGUUGGCGAAGCCGGUCGUCCCAUUGCGCAGCGUCGGCGCGGAGGUGUGAAUUCCUCGAGCGUCAUGUCCGCAUUGGCCGAUCGCCAGGGGCUCAGUGCGCCAGGCAGUGGGACGAGUUCACGAUCGGGCACUCCGGGCGUCGAGAAAAACCUUAGGGAGAAGGACUUUGUCCCUCUGAUCCAAACCUUCAUAAGACGACAGGGAGGCAAGGCGCCCUCCAAGAUGGUAGUGGACCACUUCAACCCCUACUGCCAGAAGGCGAAGCAAAUCGGGGAAUUCAAGAGUGCUCUGGAUAAGGUGGCCGUGCUAAGCAAGUCUGGUGGCACAGGCAGGGGCCUGUGGACUCUGAAGCCCGCUUACAAGUAG